CGGGACGUGGACCCGAAGCAUUAUAUAGCUUUGUUUGCAUUAAGGUAGACCUAUGAAACAUUCACCUGUUCCGACUCAGACACGGAGAACAACCACGAAUUAGACAUCGGACAUCACUUUGAUACAACUGUCAAGAAUAACAGCAUCUUUUGACUUGGUACAGUAGCGCUCAACUACUUUGGGAGUUUUUUUUCUGUUCUUUCAUACCGCUGAGCUUGAAUAUAAAACUGUCAUUGCGGGGCAUCUCAGUGCUGAAAAGACAUUCAAGAGGGUUGCCCUUGUUUUGUUGAGCAGGGUGUUCAUUUGAACCAUCGAUAUUGUUUCUCAACAAACGUCUGCUGUUAGUAUUUUGUGCUUUGAAUCGUAUGUCUACAAAAAUGGAACAACCGUUUUAUCAUGACGACUCGUUUCUUUCUGCUUAUGGUCACUCAGACGCUGCCCUUCACGACUACAAGCUCCUUAACCAGAACAUGAACUUGAACUUGACCGAGCCUUAUCGGAACCUCAAGUCCCAGCUGCGAGCCGAGACAGAUUUCUACCCAGCUUCGGCCGAAGACGUCGGCUCACUGAAGCUUGCUUCUCCAGAACUGGAGAGACUGAUCAUCCAAAACAGCAACGGUGUUAUUACCACUACGCCCACCCCUGGCCAAUACUUCUACGCCCGGGGAAUCACAGAGGAGCAAGAGGGUUUCGCGGAGGGUUUCGUAAAAGCUCUGGACGAACUCCACAAGAUGAACCAGAUGCCUCCACCAAACGUUUCUAUUGGAGCCGGUGGUGUGACGAAUUGCAGUGCGGCCUCUAGUGUCUUCGGUGGAUCCCUGCAACCUGAACUUCCUGUAUAUACAACACUGAACUCUUCGAACACUAACCUCACAUCUUCAUCCAACUAUCCCUCCGCAACCAUCAGCUACUUGCCUCAUCACCAGUAUCAGCAUCAUCAAGCAACGACCCACGGCUCCCAGCUUUUUCAGCAUUCUUUGCCAGGACAAGGGUUACAUCAACAGCGACUCAUGGCUCUGAAAGAGGAACCACAAACCGUUCCUGAUACACAGAGCAGCGACGGGUCCCCGCCAAUGUCACCAAUCGACAUGGAGAACCAGGAGCGAAUCAAGGCAGAGCGCAAGAGAAUGAGAAACCGACAGGCAGCGACUAAAUGCCGGCGACGCAAACUUGAGCGUAUCUCCCGCCUGGAGGACAAAGUUAAAAUUCUCAAGACGGACAAUGCCGGGCUCUCAACUACUGCUUCAGUACUACGAGAACAAGUGGCUCAACUAAAGCAGAAAGUUAUGACACAUGUUAGCAGUGGUUGUCAACUCAUGUUGACGACAAAGCUUAAGUCGUUUUAAACGGCGGGACGGUGAUGGACAAUUGGACAUUGCUUUGAACAAUACACUGGAAGAUAUGUUCAUAUUUUAGGCUAUUUGUUGAACAAAUAACGUUAGAGCACUGGGAUAUUGAGUAUUUACACCAACUCAUUUGCAUGUUUUCAUUUGAAAAUGGUAGGGUAUGGUUUGUUUUUAAAAGCUGAUGUAGGCUACAGAAAAAUAUGGUUCAUGUAACCUAUUUUUGUUGAUCGUUAAAUGGUACUUUUGGCUGCAAUGCACAGCUCAUUUGACAACUCAGCGCCUAUCACGCAGUAUCAAUCAUAAAGGAGGCAAUUUAUGCUUUGUGUGUUUACAAAUGUAUUUUGUAUUGUCGUUUGAUGCUACAUUCCAAGAAAUAAGUUAUUGUCUGUCAGGUUGAUCCCGACAAACGUUUUUGUGUGUCUUUUGUACAAAAUAUAUUUAAGUAAAAUACUUUGUGAAAUCA